AUGUCGGCUAGUCUCGCUGGUGAACUCUUCGAGAAGUGGGAUUUGACCUUCCCAGAAAAGACCACGAAAAAAGAGGCCCUUCCGGACCCCACCGGGUUCAAGUGGAAACUACAGCAAUCGGGAGAGGCUGCAGGGCAACAGGCCAUUCAGAAGCUUGCUCAACAAAAGGCUAUUCUGGAAAAGCGUGCAUGGGAGACCGCGAUCAGCCCAGCCAAGUCAAUAUUCAUGAAUCUGUUCAUGCUAUGGAUGAGCGGUUCCGGCCCUGGUUUGUUCAGUAUCCUCAUCGUCGGCUAUGCUACGAUGAAUACCGUGAAGAGUCUUGCUAAAUGCAACCAAGUUUUCGACCAGUUUGCAGCUGCCAACGUGUUGCUCCAAAAGCUAGCCUACAUCGGCAUCAACGUCGCUAUCCUAGCAUACUUGGGGAAUCAUGCCGCGAACAUGGGUAUCCUACCGAUUGCCAGUGGGGACUGGAUUCAGUUCAUACCCGAGCAACGAGUAGUAGAAUCAGCCCGACCUAUAAAUGCGCGCUUGUUCGUUGAGGGUGUCAGCGGUGGUGUGUAA